AAAGAAGGAGAUUUGCAAUCUGUGCUAAAAGCUGUCUGAUCAAAGGCAGAUUGGCUGUGGGUGAUUUUUUUUUUGUUAAUAUUUAUAUUAAUUUUGUUCUCGCAGAGAGGCGGGCGAAGCAGCGGCAGGCAGUGUCUCUGCUUUGCAAACGUAAGCUUUUUGCUUUUUCACUUUGUCUGCUUUGGGAGGGGAGGACUUGAAACUAUUUUCAUAAGACUCUGCACCGCUGGAGCACGUCCUCCCUCUUUUCCUCCCCUCCCUCAACCCUUGAUUUUUUUUUAAUGCCCCCCUCGUUUUUUAAGAGAAAGAAGCGAUUUUUUUCUCGCCCCCUCUCUUCUCGUCUGUGGCAAGCUGUCAAGACAAGAGGCUUGUUUCUUAAUGCCAGCCCGGCUGGUUUAAGAAGGAUCGCAGCGCCGUGACAAGGACGCAACGCCGAGGCAAGAGCCGACUCUUUUCCUCUCCAUGUACUGUGUCAUUCAAAGAAGUUUUACUUGCUGAGAGGCUCAGAGGAAAGAAGGCGGUGGGGGGGAAGAAACCCGCUCUGAGAGAGAGAGAGAGAGCGAGCGAGAGAGCGAGAUACUCUGAAGACUCACGCUGAGAUAACAUACACGGGGGAAAGGAAGGCAAGAGACUUUAAAGUAUCAGGAACCUCCAGAACAGACUUAAAGCGAUGACUACAGAGCUGGCCAUUAAUACAGAGUUGCCCACCAGCCCACUUGCCAUGGAAUAUGUCAAUGAUUUUGACUUGAUGAAAUUCGACGUGAAGAAAGAGCCACUAGGGACCGAUCGCACCGUGAGGCAUUGUAACCGCUUACAGCCGGCAGGGUCUGUGUCCUCUACCCCCAUCAGCACCCCUUGCAGCUCGGUGCCUUCUUCCCCGAGCUUCAGCCCCACCGAGCAGAAGACUCACCUGGAAGAUCUGUACUGGAUGGCGAACAGCUACCAACAACUCAACCCGGAGGCUUUGAACUUCACCCCCGAGGACGCGGUGGAAGCCUUGAUUGGCAACGCGCACGCCGUCCAGCAGCAACUGCAGGGCUUCGACAACUUCCGAGGCCACCACCACCACCACCACCACCACCACCACCAACAAUUCCAAGGGGUCAACCCGGACGAGCUAGGCAACAGCAACGGGCACCAUCAGCAUCACAGCCACCACCAACAGCACAGCUCCCCGGCUUCCUCCAUCUCCUCCACUUCUCAGCAGAUCCAAAGUUCCCCUCAUCACCAGAGCCUCCUGGCCGAGGACAGGUUCUCCGACGAUCAGCUCGUCAGCAUGUCGGUGCGGGAACUCAACAGGCACCUCCGAGGCUUCUCCAAGGACGACGUGAUCCGCCUGAAGCAAAAGAGGAGAACCUUGAAGAACAGGGGCUACGCUCAGUCGUGCAGGUACAAGCGUGUGCAGCAGAAACACCUGCUGGAGAACGAGAAGACCCAGCUCAUCCAGCAGGUAGAACAACUCAAGCAAGAGGUUUCCAGGUUGAUGAGAGAGCGAGACGCCUACAAAAUCAAGUGUGAGAAACUCGCCACUACUGGCUUCAGAGAAGCUGGCUCCACCAGCGACAACCCGCCGUCUCCAGAGUUCUUCAUAUUCCCAAUGAAAUGCACAAGAAAGCAGCCACUGCGCUCCAUGCCAUAAGCCAGCUAAUUGAAGACAAGUUAUAAAGAAGCUCAACAGAGCAGCAAGCAAGAGUUUGAAUGAUGAUCAUCUUUUGUUCCAAAGCACAAGACGUGUAAGACUCUUCUACUUAGAUGAUAAUUUUAUAUAGACUUUACCUUGUCUUCCAUUGAGUACGCUUUUGCAUAAUAUUAAACUUUGGCUCGAAUCCUCCUGCAGCAAACCUGCUGUUGUCUUUAGUUAAUCAUCACAAGUGAGACUUGCAUGACUCUGACGAGAAAAUACUGAACACGUUUUCCUCAAUGGUGGACAAUCUUCUUUCGCGACAGCCCGGCAUCUGCUUGCUGAACCAUCUCUUUGCAUGUUUUCCCACUUUUCCCAGCUUACCUGCUGGUCACACAUGCCAACAAGUACAGAUGAGAACUACUUCAAAGAGAAAAACAAAAACCUUUCUGGAUUAAAACCUUUACUAUGUGAAGCAACUCCGUUUUUACUGCUCUCAAUGAGGGCUGGCCAUCGGAAACUGACCAACCUACAGGGGACGGCCCUCACUACCUACCAAACACAAAGGAAGAAUUCCACAUCCGUGUUGGGGAAGAUUGAGGAUGACAAUAUUUGUGGUAUAUGGACACAUUGCCCUAUGGAGGUACCAAGACAAGCCAAUUUGUUUUCAAAUAAAAAUAGGCCAACAGUAUCUGUAAUCUACUUCCCAGUAGCAUCAUGAAUGUAUGAGACAAUGUACACCCAAAAGCCCCCCCACUCCUUCCACAGCAUUGACACCUGAAUGGCCUGCAGCAUACAUCCGUUGUCCAUUUUACUGCACCAUUGAACUACAAGGGACAAUGCGAAGUACAUUCAAACACAGUAUCCUUGCUCUCGUGUAAAAGCAACAUCCAGUGAUCCUGGGCUGCCAUUGGGAUAACAAUAAAUGACAAAGUGGCCCAUCACCACGAUCAACACCAGCUUUUCAAACCUCUUUGUUUUAUCACAAAUAAAUUGGUACCUCAAGGGUAUUUUAUCAGCUGGUGAUUCACGAACCUCUGCUCUCCUAUCAAGUCACUCUGAUGCCGUCUUAUCUCGCUGCCAGACCAGGACAGAUGAGACAUCACAGCUCCACUGCUUGCAUUUCGCAGUCCACUCAAAAUGAGUGUGCUAUUUUUUAAUCAUUGACGCAUCCGCCAAUGUAAACCAUCCAUAUAAGUAAUAAGAACUUCUGCAAUCAAGCAAAGAUUUAGAACAGACUUUUUGUAACAAGCUAUUUGAAUAAUGGUGCUCUAGCCUGUAUUUAUUAUGCAUGCAGCUGCUGGUAAUAUGUUUUAGGAGAAUAUUAGGUUAAAGCCAAAGGCUACAAUUGAACUGUGGAAGACUGAGGAGAAAGAAAGAACAUCGAACAAGUGUCCUGAUAGACUUCAGAUUGUCAUAUGUAUUUGUUAUCAUUUAAGCUGAACGCAGCUCUGGAUUGUCAUAGGGUCUUCCCCGCUUUGUUUAAAUGAACCUCUUUCCUAUUUGAUUUUUAAAGAAAGGCUCUUCUGGUUUAGCAGCUUAAGUUCACUGUGUGUAGUGCAGAGGCUGUAGUUAGCAGCAGGGCACAACCUACAACAGCAUUCAUUCUCCUCUCCCUGUACUGUUGCUGUGCCGGCACAUGUCACGCUAAUCUCCAUUUGUUUUGAGCUCUCAUACAGUGCACGUUUGAGAGAGGAAAGAAAUCAGGAGAAAAAGGGGGGAAGCAUUUACGUUUACAGAUAAUCUGAGAAAGCGGUGAGGUAAAUCAAUGCAAUCUAUUUCAGAAGCAAUAAACCUGUGCAACUCGGGUGUUUUUAGACAUCUGCCUGAAAAGAAUGCUACUGUUUGGACUCUUGUUUUUGUGGAAGAUUUGACCAAAUCUUCAAACAGAAUCAUGAGAGAUGACAUGUUCUAAAAUUUCCCCAGUACUUUUCAAAUGCAUAAAAGUAACUUUAAAAAUGAGCUAAAAUUAGAACAAUUUGUUUGUGGUUGGCUUUGUUAGUGCAGACUCGUUAGUGCAAGAGAGGUUGUAUGAUAAAGUUCCAGUGGAAUUUUGAUGUGAGCUGUUCUUAGUCGGUUCAGGGUCUUAAUUGAACAGAAGGUUUCCGCCAAUGCAGAGACAUUCACAUUUACUACUGAUCUGAGAUUCAAGGAAGUUUGGCUGGUGAUAGGAUUCACAGUCAAACUAAUCUGCAGGCCAGAUUUCAUCAGGGAAAACAGAGGAGGUAGUUGGGGAAAUUAUCUCAAUGUAAGGAAAAUAUAAGCUUGAAAUUUGCAGAAGAUUGUCAACUUUUAUAAAGGACCGCAGAGAGAAGAAGGAUUUCCAACACAAUUGGCUCUUUCUCAUAUGUGUCAUGAACAAUGUCCCCAACAUCUAGGAGUUCUUAAUAUCAACACUGGAGGUGCCAACUGAAGAUAGAUCGCCAACUGGGACAUUGGCAAAGGUCUAACUGGGCUGAAGCCCAUGCUUAGCAAUUGAAUCCAGUGUUUGUUUUUGUUCAAAAAUUAAAUGAACUAAAUUGACCAUAUCAGAAGAAGCUGUGGAGCAAUUGAUGACACUCCUGUCAAUUUAUCAAUAACACCUAAAAGGGCAUUGAAGAAUAUUCCUCAGUGUCAUGAUGUAUAUAGGCAUUUCCAUUUGACAGUUUUUAUAGGGCGUCUACGCAGAGGUGUGGAUUAUACAUAAACAUUUGUGUCCUUCAAUAAGUUCACUGAUUAUUGGGAGGUGUUGUCCUUCUCCUGUCCUCCAUUCCUUCCCCCACAUCCCUGUUCACAAUGGAUUCUUCCAUGGUACCAAAGCCAAUGAAAAGCUCAAUACAUUGAUUCUUCACAUCACAGUAUAUUGAUACACAUCCUUUGAGUCGAUGUACCUAAUAUUAUGAAAGACUGUCUAACACCAGUAUCUAGUGUUGUUGCAUGUUCUCCAAUGCAGGGAUGGCCUUUCAAUGUAGUGGUACUCAAAAGUGAGACAUUUUUGUGUAGUGAUUCACUUCUAUCCGAGGUCCAGUAUGGUGGUAUUAUCUAUUGUCAUGACAAAAUUUCACUAAUUCACAUCAAUGUACAAGUUUACUUUCUGAUGUAGUGAGUCACAGAUUAAAUCAAUAGCAAUAGACAAUAGACAAUAGGUGCAGGAGUAGGCCAUUUGGCCCUUCGAGCCAGCACCGCCAUUCAAUGAGAUCAUGACCCAGUCAGUACCCCGUUCCUGCCUUCUCCCCAUAUCCCCUGACUCCGCUAUUUUUAAGAGCCCUAUCUAGCUCCCUCUUGAAAGCAUCCAGAGAACCUGCCUCCACCGCCGUCUGAGGCAGAGAAUUCCACAGACUCGCCACUCUCUGUGAGAAAAAGUGUUUCCUUGUCUCCGUUCUAAAUGGCUUACUCCUUAUUCUUAAACUGUGGCCCCUGGUUCUGGACUCCCCCAACAUCGGGAACAUGUUUCCUGCCUCUAGCGUGUCCAAGCCCUUAACAAUCUUACAUGUUUCAAUGAGAUUCCCUCUCAUCCUUCUAAACUCCAGAGUGUACAAGCCCAGCUGCUCCAUUCAUAUCAUGUUGUAUCAAGACAAAUAUACACCAUCUUAUUUUUAUGAUAGCAUUUCUUCUUUCCAUCACCCACUCCCCCACGAUUGAGUUUUUAUCUUCUCAAUAGUGAGUCAGUUAGUAAUAUUCUUCUUUCAUAUUGGUCAAGUUCUUGAUUUUAUUCGAUUUCUGUUGUGCAUAAAGUCUGACAUGCAUUUUUUGCAUCUCGUUUAUUAAGCAAAACUGUUCAUUCUAAUCCUCCGCUAGAAUGCUAUUCCAUUAAAAAAAUGAAUACAAUUUCAGGACCACACAGUGGUGCAACAGUAGAGCUGCUGCGUUACACCCAGGUUCGAUCCUGACCAUGGGUGCUAUCUGUAUGGAAUUUGUAUGUUUUCCCUGUGACUGCGUGGAUUUUCUCUGGGUGCUCCAGUUUCCUCCCACGCUCCAAAUAUGUGCAGGUUUGUAGGCUAGUUGGUUUUGAAUAAAUUGUAAAUUGUCCCUCGUGUGUAGGGUAAUGCUAGUGUAGGCGUGAUUGCUGGUCGGGGUGGACUCGGUGGGCCGAGGAGCCUGCUUUCACAUUGUAUCCCUAAACUAAAACAAAAAAACCCCUAAAAUUACAGUAUGAUAAAUAACGCAGCUCAAGUCUAAUCAUGCUAAAGAAAUGUCCAAUAUCGAUUGGUGUGGUCAUCGGCUCUCCUUUAAUUCACAAAUUGAGGUGUGGAUUUAGAGUCACAGAAUCAUACUGUGUGGAAACAGGCCCUUUGGUCCAACUUGCCCACUCUGACCAAGAUGCCCCAGCUACACUAGUCCCACCUGCCCGCAUUUGGCCCAUAUCCCUCUAAACCUCUUACGCAUGUGCCUCUUCAGAAACAUUGCUUUGAUGUUUCACGCAGUUUGAGGGAGUGGGCUAUCACAUGAAUAUUAUAGGGGACUGAUUACUAAUAGAAACUUGAAAAUGCACACAGUAUGGCGGCUCAGAAAUAUUUGGUCCCACAGUAGACAUGCUCAUCCAAAACAACAUUGUAUACGACCCAGCAUCUAGCCCUACACGUGUAGCUAAUUGUAUAAUACCCUGUGAAAUGACCCAGCAAAUGAGUGUAGGAGAAAUUAUGGAAAAGCAAUAUAUGUUAGUCUUUGUAGCAAAGCCCGUAUCCUGAAAAAUAUACACGUAAAAUUAAAAUCAUUAAGACCGGACAGCAAAUGAUAUGCAUAAUAUUUAAUUUAGUUUAGCUUAGUGAUACAGCAUGGAAACAAGCCCUUCUGCCCACCAAGCCCACGCCGAUCAGUGAUCACCCAUUCACUAAUUCUAUCCUACACACUAGGGGCAAUUUACAGAAGCCAAUUAACCUAUAAAACCUCACGUUUUGGGAAUGUGGGAGGAAAAUGGAUCACUCAGAGAAAACCCACAUGGUCACAGGGAGAAUGAGCAAACUCCAUACAGACAGCAUCCACGGGUGUAUGGAACCCAGGUCUCUGGUUUCAUAAGUCAUCAACUCUACCGCUGCGCCACUGUGCCGUCCCUUUAGUUAGCUGUAACCAUUAGGUAUCUCAUCUAACCUCGUGAUGAACAUUCAUUUUCAAGAUAUUUUCGGACACAGCUUUUCAGCAGUUGCCAUCUUGACCAUGUUAGAACAAUUGUGCAAAAUAAAAAUAGGUAUCGCCGUGUGUUCCUUACUGAGUUCCUGAGAAAUACUGAGAGAUCAGUUUCUGAGAGAUACUUUGCUGUAAAAGGUUUUUCUCAGAGAGAGAAGAACAGAUAGAAAAUACAAUUGUGCAUUCAUAUUGUGACUUUUACAAACUUAAAAUGUCGCAGAGUGUUUUACAGUCAAAUAUCAUUUGAAGUAAAGACAUGUCAUGUAGGAAAACAUAACAGCCAGUUUGGGCAGCUUACAACCCAGUGAAAUUGAUGGUGAUUUUUCCAAUUUCAAGUAACCCAUGCUUUCCCUCACACUGCCCCUCCUCCAUCCUAGUCAUCCUGCCAGUUCCAUUGUUCGCAAACAUAUAUCCCUUCGUUAUCACCUCUACCACAGCCGACAAUGGACAAUUGUGGGCUCCACCUUUCCUUGGUCAUCGGUGCCAGCUCUGAUUUGUUCUGUAUUUUUUCAUACCUCUAGUUUCUCUCUCCCCUGACUCUCAGUCAGAAGAAGGCUUUCGAAACGAAACGUCACCAAUUCCUUUUCUCCAGAGAUGCUGUCAUACUCGUUAUAUUACUCCAGCUUUUUUGUCUAUCUGCAAUGUAAAGCACCUUUCGCUGUUUAGAUAGGGGUUCAAUGUAUUCCUGAUGCAUGGGCUCAUGGUACUAAAACCAUCAUAAGUUCAUAGGUUCUAGGGGCAGAUUUAGGCUAUUCGGCCCAUCAAGUCUACUCCACCAUUCAAUCAUGGCUGAUCAUUCUUUCCCUCUCAACCACAUUCUCUUACCUUCUCCUCAUAACCACUGACUCCCAUACCAAUCAAGAAUCGUUCAUUCUCCAACUUAAAAAUAUCCAUUGGCGUAACCUCCACAUGUGUCUGUGGCCAUGAAUUCCACAGAUUCACCACAUUCUGGCAAAAAGAAAAUCCUCUUCAUCUCCUUUCACAAAUACUCUUUUGCCAUUUCAAGCAUUCACAGGGCAGAGGUUCUUGGGAUUCAAUUGGAAAUUCUGCAUUUUAUUCAAUAAGGCCAUGAGAACAUUUUAGAAUUCCGCCACCAUCACCCAAUUUCCAGCAUGUUUACAUGUCUUACUGUCCUGCUGCAAGCAAGAAUUUCAUUGUUCCGUUUUCAGACAUAGGACCAUAAAACACUCUUGAUUCUCUUGACCUAAAGGGGCUGCUUUAUGGAAAACAAAGAUGUACACCAUUUGAAUUGAGGGCAGUGAAGGGUACCACAUUGUCCUCUUAAUGCUGCUGAGCAACAGGAUCCCACAGAUGGACUGACUAUCAGCGAGACAGACUUUGGUCAUGAGUAAGUUGGAAGGGUUGGGCAGACUAGGAGUUCAGGAGGAUAAGGGGUGAUCUUAUAGAGGUGUACAAAAUCAUGAGAGGAAUAGAUCGGGUAGACGCACAGAGUCUCUUGCCCAGAGUAGGAGAUUCAAGAACAAGAAGACAUAGGGUUAAUGUGUGUGGAACGGUUUAAUAGGAACCCGACGGGUAACCUUUUCGAACAAAGGGUGGUAGGUGUAUGGAACAAGCUGCCGGAGGUAGUUGAAGCAGGUACUAUUGCAGCAUUUAAGAAACAUUUAGACAGGUACAUGGACAGGACAGGUUAAGAGGGAUAUGGGCUAAAUUCAGGUAGA